AUGACCCAGGAGCAGGUGCUCUCUGGACUGAAGAAGGAUGUGCGCUCUCUCCUUGUUUCUGCUAAGAACGGCUUAAGCCCCGAGCAACUGAAAAGAGACUAUUACAGCAUGCUGGGCCAUCCGCUUCCCCUCAGGCCUCUGGGCUUCAGAAACAUCUUGGACAUGGUCAAAGAAAUGCCGGAUGUGGUAUCUGUGGACUACUCUUCAGAUGGAAGUCUUGUCCUGAAGGUUGUUGGGGACAAGACCACUAAAGGUAUUGAACAGCUGGUGUCCAAACAGCGAAACCCCAAAUCCAAACCAACUGCGCGGAAGCAAGUUUUGGGGUCACACUUUCCUCGCUAUCUGCUGAACGUCCCUCUACACCUUCCCCGUCGAGGCCACGCACCCCCAGCUCUGCCUGCACAGCUGCGCAGUCAGCUGCGACAGCUGCUCUCUCAGGGGCCGGUCAGCUUAUCAGAACUGGAGCCCUGCUUCGCCAGGCUAUUUGGCCGACCCCUACAGGUGAUGCACUAUGGCUUUUACUCCAUCGCCGAGAUGCUGGCGGCGGCCUCUGACCUUGUGGACAUCAAGCAGAGCCGAACGGGCUCACUUCUCAUGCUCAGAACCCCCAAAAAGCCCCUGGUACAAACUGUGUCACCGGCCUUGUCACCACCGCCGUCAAUACCCAGUGCAGACAAAGCUCCAGUGGGCACAGGUGGGAGCACCUCCAUCUUUUUCUACUGGGUAAAGCACAUGCUCACAGACGGUCAGAAGAACAAGCCUGAGUUCCCCCAGGAAUCGGGCCCCUGCGGCACGCCGGGGGACGGGAGGCGGCGCAGCGAGGUCAACAGGCCUGCGCCAAAACCCGUCCUGGAGGAAAAGGCGUUCGAGAAGUGUGUUAAAAAGCUGGAGGAGGAGCUUAGGAAUGGCAUUCUGGAGAGUGGGGCUGCAGGGACCGUCAGCCCUGAACUGAAGGAACAGCUUCACCAGGUUGUUGCUCAAAACAGUGAGGGGAUCUCCAUCCAUGAUUUUCCUGGGGAGUUCAAGAGGGUGAUUGGGGUGGCCCUUCCAGUGGUCCAGUGCGGUUUCCUGAGUGUGACGGAGAUGGUGAGCGCGCUCAGUGACAUUCUUUACCUGGAGCCAGGUCCUGAGAAGGAGGCAAACAGUUGGAUCGUCAAGGGCAACCUACAAGGGAGAGGGCAGGACAAUGGCGUCGUUGCCACAGAGACAUCUGAAUCCUUGAACCCAUCGAAAAGAGGGUACUAUUUCAACAGUGAGGAGUCUCCCUGGGAGGGGAGGGAUAAGGAAGGGGAACGCGUGGAUGUCCUGGAGGUGGACACUGACCUCAGGGUCACCACCAAGACUUUCAGUCAGGUGGUGGACGCUUUCCCGGCCCCGGCCCUGACCAUGAGCGGGAUGUGUUUGGUGCCCCCGGACGCCCUGCGGGAGGAGAGGCUGAGGCCCCCCACGCGCAGGCGGGAGCGGGAGCUGGCGCCCGUGCUGGUGGAGCGGGUGGAGUCCCCCAGCCACUUCUACAUCCGCUUCCACGAGACCCAGGAGGCCCGGGCGCUGGAGAACAUGAUGAUCGAAAUGAGGACCUGCUACACUUGCCCGGAGGUGGCGGAACGUUACCGGCUGCCCGAGAGCUACGUCCGCCCCGGCCAGGUGUGCUGCAUCGCGCCGCGCGGCAUGUGGUUCUACCGCGUGAUCGUCCACCGCGUCCUGAACCGCGGGCAGGUGGAGGUGUACUACGUGGACUUUGGGGAUCUCAGCACCGCGGAAACAAGCAGCCUCCGGUUCCUCAAGUCCUGUUACUCAGAACUGCCUGCACAAGCCGUCCCCUCUUCCCUGACCGGGGUCAGGCCCAUCGGUGGUAGCUGGAGCACGAGCGCAGUGAGCUGCUUCCAGAAGCUGUGCUGUGAGCGCACCCUGGUGGCCGCCAUCCAUAGCCACCAGGACGACGUGCUGCACCUCUUCCUCUGCGACACCCACACUGAGGAGGACGUCUACAUACACACCGCCCUUAAGGAGGCGGGCCACGCCCUCUCUUGCACCACCUUCUACAGCAGAGUGAUUUUUGGCCAGUUUAAUCCAGUGAGCCUGUAUAUGGAGACGGGUCUGCACAAGGAAAGGACUGCUUUGUGCAGUCUGGGCUCUGCUGGGGACAGUCCAGACAAGAGUAUCCUGGGAAAGCUUCAAACCCAGCCGGGUUCCCCACAGACGGGUCCUUCUCCUGGGGGCGGGGUCAAACUUCACUCAAUCAGAGAAGAGGUGGACUUGCCUGACCUGCCAGAGCUGGAGUUUAUCAGCAUCCCAGAAGUCAACAGCCCGGCCCAGCAGGCAGAGAAUGCUAACCCGUUUGGAGCGCUGCUGUGCAAGGGCCCAGAGUACUUCAGUGACUGGGACCAGGGCUGGACCCCUGGAAGUGCCUCAGAGGACACACUGGGUCACGGAGACGCAGAAGAGCAACGCCAUCCCUCCCCUGGGAUCCUGCUGUGCCCUGGGCAGAAGGGCUCUGGCGGAGGGACGGCGUCAGGGGCGGGGCUAGUGAAGGACGGCCCCCAGCCCGUGGCCCCACCCCUGCAGCAGGCCGUCGCCCCGGAGACGAGCGGCCCGUGGAGCUCGGAGACGACGCCGGUACGGACGCGGGACUGUGGCGGAGGUGUGUCCAGCCUGGCUGUUCAGCAGCCCGUCACCAGCUUCCUGUUUCCAUGGCUACGCCACACCUCGCCCACCGUACUGGGGCCUGCUGCCCAAUUGGCUGCUGGGACACACCUCCUUUCCUGGUACCCUCAUAAGAUGGCAUGACCUCCAACCCACAAGCUUUAAAGAGGCUUAGCGUGUGUGUGUGUGUGUGUGUGUGUGUGACAGUAUGGAAGCACUGUGUGAUGAGCACCUGUUCUGGAUGUAUGUUUCAUGUUAUUUUCUUAUUUGGACAUGUAUUUUUGUUCUUUUCCUUUGCUGUAUUUCUUCUUUGGAGUAUAUUACAUCCUUUCCCCAGUUUUCCCAUACCACAACAGUUAUGCAUGACAAUUUGUGAAUAUUGUUCCUGAAGGCAUUAAAGGUGGAGAUUUCUGGGAAAUAGCUUUUCUUUACCACCACCUCCUUCUCGUGUGGACAAUUUUACCUUUCGAAAUUUAAAUUUUGUUUCUUCAGCGCAAAGAUUUGGAAUCUUUGUUGAAAGAUUCCAAAUCCACCGAAAUCUGAGGAUCUAUUGAAAGUUUCUUUCUAUCACUGCGAUUGGAGUUGCAAGUUCAGCAGCCCAUAGAUUCUUAUUUUUCAUUGAAGAAAAAGGGAAAACAAAACUGGUGUUCAGCAUCAGCAAAAAAAUAAUGUCAAAAGUAUUUUAUUUUUGUCAAUAAAUGCUUUGUUGAAAGCUUAA